AUGCGCGCGACACGAACCCUCCUGGCCCUGCUCGGCGCGACGAGCAGCGCCUGGGCGACCGUCGACUUCCCCUCGCGCCGCGACCUCAACGAGACUUCAUCAUCUCCCAGCGACGCCGUGCCGAGGAGGUACAUCGUGGAGCUCAAGUCCCGCGCCCAGUGCACCCGGUUCUUCGACAAGGUCGCAGGCACAGCCGGGCUCAAGGUCGUCAAGCAGUUCGACUCGGACCUGUUUCCCGGCGUGAGCGUCGAGUGCGACCAUGCCUGCACCGAGGACUCGCUCAGGGCGGCGCUCGACGACGCCAGCGGCGAUGCUGCUGUGGCCACGGUCUACAAGUCGACGCGCGUCAGGAUCCUGGACACGGUCAAGGGCGAGUCUUUCAGUGACGAUGCUGCCGCAUCUAAUUAUUCGGUGCAUGGCAUCACCGGUGUCGAGAAGCUGCAUAAGGAUGGUAUCUUGGGAACUGGGGCCACUGUUGCGAUCGUCGACAGCGGUGUCCAAUACACUCACCCUGCUCUGGGCGGAGGUAUCGGCCCUGGCUUCAAAGUCCUUGGUGGUUAUGACCUUGUCGGAGAUGGAGAUUGGCCAGACUCUCCUCCCAAUCCCGACAACGACCCUAUGGACAAUUUUGGCCACGGGACGCAUGUGGCUGGCAUUGUCGCUGGGAAAAGUGAUCAGUUCGUUGGCGUUGCGCCCGAGGCAAACUUGUUGUCUUUCAAGGUGUUUGGCACUGACGGAUACUCCAACGAAGAGACAGUUAUUGAGGGAUUCCUCAAAGCUUUUGAAUCCGGUGCGGAUAUUAUCAGUGCUAGUGUCGGGGAAGAGAGCGGGUUCACUACGAAUGCCUGGGCUGUAGUUGCCUCCAGGAUGGUUGACCAGGGCGUUGUGGUAGUCGUUGCAGCUGGUAACGCUGGUGAAGAUGGACCAUUCUCCGCCAGCAACGGCGCGUCAGGCGAGCAUGUGCUGACCAUCGCUUCGUCUGAACCGGGCCAAUUCCCAGCCCAGUCCUUCUCGGUCGACUUCAACUUGGAAGGACAGUCCAACAACACCAAUGUCGCCUACGUUGCAGGAACGGGUGUCUUCCCGGAUAGCGUAGUCGACCUGCCUAUUUCACCACUCACACUGAAUACUUCCGUUGUGGACGACGCGUGUAGCCCCCUACCAAACAACACGGGGAGCCUAGCGGACAAGAUCGUUCUCGUUCGAUCUGGGGGAUGCUACCUGACUGACAAGCACAGGAAUCUCGUGCCUUUUAACCCGCAGUAUAUCUUGUUCUACAAUAACGAUGGCCCGUUUGAGGACCCAAACACGAGGACGACCCCUGGCGUCACUGGCAUGAUCGAAGCACGAGCUGGUGAAGCAAUCAUGGAAACGAUCCUGGCCGGAGGCAACGUCACAGCCUCCUUCAACGUCAACAACACGGGCCAUUACGUCGGCCUCUUCAACGCCGGAAGUGGGCGCCCGGCCAGGUAUUCCUCUUGGGGUGCAACCUUUGACCUCGCUCUCAAGCCUGAUGUCUCCGCACCGGGCACCAAGAUCCUCAGCACGUACCUGAACAGCGGCUACCAGGUCCUGAGUGGUACCAGCAUGGCUACACCCUACAUUGCCGGUGUUGCGGCCUUGUGGGUUGGCCAGUUCGGAGGCCGGAAAGCACACGCGGAUGACCCUGCCUGGGCUCAACGUCUAGUCUCUCGCAUCACAGCGACUGGCCGUGCCGUUCCUUGGGCCGAUUGGUCGACUUCUGCCAAAGACUACGGGUUCUGGACACCCACAGUCCAAAUUGGAUCAGGACUAGUCGAUGCGGCAGCCGUGCUGAAUUACACAACAGAGCUCAGCUUCGAUGGCCGCAAGUUCGAAAUGAACGAUACGGCCAACUUCGUGGGAACACAUACGGUUGAUAUCUUUAACAACGGCAAAGAGGCUGUUACAUACAAGUUCAGCCUGCAGGGCGCUGGCGGCUUCGAAUCCUACAAUCCUGACGCGCCAGAUGUGAUGCGCUACGAUGAGGUUGUGCUUGUAGAGUUCGACCCGACAGUCGAUCUUCCAGGCGAGCUUACCGUUGAGCCAGGGCAGAAAGCGACGGCAGAAGUUACCUUCACCGCGCCGGCUGGACUGGAUGCUACCAAGCUGCCAGUAUACAGCGGCAAAGUCCUCAUCAGCGGCAGCAACGGCGAGGAGUUGGGUAUCCCAUACUUUGGCGUGGCGUCGGACUUGAAGAAGACCGUGACGGGCAUGUAUAAUACCUUCCUGGGCUUCCCUCAUCUCCAGUCCGGCCCCAACAGCGUCGAGUUGACUAUCAAGCCGAACAUGACUUUCAAUCUUACCCCCACAGCGCAAGACUUCCCUCGGUUUAACAACUGGCUCACAUGGGGCUCAAGGGAGUUGCGCUGGGACAUUUUCGACGCCGGGUACACCGAGGCAGACUGGAAAUACCCACCUGUCGUCGGUGAAAACCACUUCAUCGGUUCUGCCACGAGCUGGAACGGCACCGACAAUGCGUCCUACUUCGACCCCAGCAGGCACAGCCAGGAUGAUAUCUUCUCGUUUCCUCUGUAUAACCUACCCCGUAAUGCGUGGGAGAGAUACUGGUGGCUUGGUAGAUAUGCCAAUGGGUCAACGAUCGUACCUGGCGAAUACCACUUCCGCGCUGCGGCUCUCAGGGCAUUUGGUGAUCCUGCUGUAGCGGACGACUGGGACGUCAUUCAAGUCCCGAAGAUCACUGUACUUCCUGGAGGUACCAUUGGCCAAUCUUGA